CACACACACGCGCGCGCGCGCUCAGAACUUGUUGCGCCGCGGAGGAACAGAAGCGACUCGUUCGGAGAGUCCGAGGAGAAACUCAAAGAGCAAAUCCGCUAAACUCCAGACUGAAGCGAUCCUCGGCGGUUUGAGAUCAGGAUGUGUGUGAAGUGAGCUCUGCUCGUGUGGAGCUGGAGUUUCUCUGACGAGCAUCAUCAUGUCUGGCUCAGUCCAGCUCUGCUUCUCUCGGACUGAUCUCUCUCUCGUGGGAAGUUCUGAUCGUCAGUGAAGAAGAGUCGAGAUUGGUGGAGAUUCUGCAGAAGACUGAGAUGAUGAUGAUGAUGAUGGUGGUGGUGGUGGUGGUUAGUUGGGGAGCUUUUCUCCAGACCUGCUUGAUAAUGAUGGUGAGAGCAAACCAGCAGAACCCCAGAGAGACCAGCUGCAACCUCAACACUAAACAAAGCGAGCUCAACUCCUUCCUGUGGACGAUAAAGCGAGAGCCGCCCUCGUACUUCUACGGCACCAUUCACGUCCCGUACACACGCGUCUGGGACUUCAUCCCGGAGAACUCCAAGCAGGCGUUCCAGGAGAGCAGCAUGGUGUGGUUCGAGCUGGACCUGACCGACCCGUACACCAUCUCAGCUCUGAGCAGCUGUCAGCUCCUUCCACAGGGACAGAACCUGCAGGACCUGCUGCCCUCAGACAUCUACCUGCGGCUCAAGACUCACCUGGAGUACAUCAAGCUCAUGCUGCCGUCCUGGAUGACCCCGGACCAGCGCGGCAAGGGCCUGUACGCAGACUACCUGUUCAACGCCAUCGCCGGGAACUGGGAGCGCAAGCGGCCCGUGUGGGUGAUGCUGAUGGUCAACUCUCUGACCGAGGCGGACAUCAAGACGCGUGGCGUCCCUGUGCUGGACCUGUAUCUGGCGCAGGAGGCUCAGAGGAUGAGGAAGAGGACGGGAGCCGUGGAGAAGGUGGAGGAGCAGUGCCAUCCUCUGAACGGACUCAGCUUCUCUCAGGUGAUCUUUGCUCUGAAUCAGACGCUCCUGCAGCAGGAGAGUCUCCGCGCCGGGGGCCUGCAGAUGCCCUUCACCACAGAGCACCUGAUCAAACACUACAACUGUGGAGACCUCAACUCCAUCAUCUUCAGCCACGACACCUCGCAGGUGCCGAGCUUCAAGAACGUGACGCUGCCGGCGAGCGAGCAGGUGACGGCGCAGGAGAUCGAGCACUACUUCAGACAGGAGCUGAUCUACAAGCGUAACGAGCGCAUGGGCCGGCGCGUCCGAGCGCUGCUGGAGGAGCAUCCCCACAAGAGCUUCUUCUUCGCCUUCGGAGCAGGUCACUUUCUGGGAAACAACUCUGUGAUUGACGUCCUGCGGCGUGAAGGUUAUGAGGUGGAGCACACACCUGCUGGACAGACGCUACACAGUGUGUCGGAGCGUGAGCCGCUGGAGCCGUUCCUCCACGAGAGUCGUGAGCUUCAGGAAGACGAGGAACCAAAUCUCCUGCAGUUCCUGGAGAAGAAGCACAAGCUGAAGAAGAAGCAGCGCAUCAAGCAGAAGAAGCAGCUCCAUCGCAAGUUCAACGACCUCUGGGUGCGGAUGGAGGACAGUGUGACAGCCGAGGCUCCGCCUCCUGUCGUCCGCAUCAUCAACGGUUACAUCCCAGUCCAGACACACCCACAGGAGCACGGCAGAGCCAAUCAGCACAGGACGUUCUCAGGCUCCUCCCCCUGGAGCCCCGCCCUCACUGGGACAGCUCUGUGUGUUCAGAUCCUGCUGCUGAUGCUCUCAUGACGUCUGAUGAGUUUAACCCCGAACCUCCCGGAGACUCUGAGCUUCAUGAUGGACCAAUCGUACACUUCACUUCGGCUCUUGAAGAAUCACUUCCUUGCAAAUAAGAUGUAUUAUAGAUGUAAUUUAGAGUUUUGAAUAAAGCAUUUGUUUGUUCACUUAUUAUAUAAAUAUAUAAAGAAGAGUCAUUAUAUUUUUGAGACUAAAUCAGCUACUAACGGCUUAACUUACCCCGAUCAUGAGUUUCUAUUUGUACAACAUCAGAAAUCAGAUCCCUUCCACUUUCAGUUCAGUUACAUCUUUUUUUUUUUUUUACAUAAAAACAGAUUUACAAGUGAUUUGUGCAGAAGGCAGUUUCACGCCGUUGAGUUUCUUCUGUCUACUUCAUGCAUUUGAUGAUUGUUUAAAAUGUCAUGUUUAUGACAUAGAAAUGAGUAAUUUAAUUUAUUGAAUAGAUAGUUUUAGUUGAUCUAAAUGUGUUUAUGUGAUUGUUUCUGACAGAAUGAUGCAAUGUUUAUAAUAUCUGGUGUUUGUGACGUAACAGUAAUUAUGUUUGUUUAUGACGUUACAAGAAAUAAAGUAUUUAUCUAGUUCCAGGUUCUCCAAAGGAGAGAUGAACACAGAUGUUGUGUUCUCAGUUUCUGAACAGAAGCAGUGUGUUUCAGGAGGGAUCUGAUCUCCUGGCUCUCCUCACAGUAAAUGAACACUGAUACCUGCACCUCGUCCUCAUCCUCCUCAUCCUCAUCCUCAUCCUCAGAGGAGGCUUCGAGCUGAGCUUCAGGUCUCCAGAUCCAGCACUGAGAUGUUUGAACUCAUCCGGUUCUUCUUGAACAAACGACUGGCGCCGCGACUCGUUGGAAGAGAUCUUUUAUUAUGCUCUUUAAAAUAAAUCAUGAGACCAAUUUAUGACUUUGAAUGGGAUGGUUUCUUUUUGGUUGCCAAUGAAUGUGUGAAAGGAUUUUUCUUUGUAAAUCAUUCGUCACUAAAAACAAUAUUGUGGUUAUUACCAUAGUUGGGUUGUGCUCUAAUGGCUGUCAAAAACAAACCGAAUACAGUUAUUAGGAGAAUAUGUGAAUGCUCAUCUUCUGAGAAUGUGUGUGUCUGGCUCUAGUAAACCUUUAGUCCAGUCCCAAUCUCUGCUGUCAGGGAUCAUUUAUAAUUAGCACACCGUUUAGAUUGGUGUAUGAAUCUGGACAGUGUUAGGGAAAGUUAGAAGCUUACUUUUAAAUGUAAUGCAUUACAUAUUGCAUUUCACCCUUAAAAAGUAACUAAUUGCAAUACUUUGCUACUUUUUAUGGAAAGUAAUGUGUUAUGUUGCUUUUGAGUUACUUUGUAAAAUCUGGGCAGGACUUGCUUAAUUAUUUUUAAUAUAAAAAAGUUAAAACGCUCCACUGUUGUGUGGCUUUUUAUAGAAAUAAAAAUGAUUUAGCUGGAAAAUGCAUGCUUACAAUUCUGAACGGAAAGCAUCUGCUCUGUCUGUGACUUUAAAUGCAGACCUUGAGCCAAAAACUCAUUUUAUGUGCAAGUCAUUUUUGCAUUUGUGAAGAUCAUUUGAUGCUGAUUCUUUUGGUUGGAUUAUUGUGAUUCACAUCAAACAGAUCUUUGGGAAACAGAACAAAGCUGGGGUCAUUCAUCUGACGGACAGAAACAUCUGUAUGUUCAAACGCACAUGUGUGUGAAGCAGGUGCACCAGAUCAAAGCAGAAAUAUUAAUAAUCAGCAUCUGCAUCAUUGAUUUAUUUUGUCUGUACAAUGGAAGUCAAAAUGGUCUGGUUACCAACAUUCAUUCAUGUUCUUGUGUUUCGUAGAAGGAAGACAGUCAUAAGGGUUUGGAACGGCAUCAGAGGGAGAUUGGCAAAAAUACAAAUAUAUUCCAGCCAAAAUAUAUUUAUGUUGCAAACAGUGAACCUCAAUCAAAUCUACUUUUCAGAUUGGAAAUACAUUUCCAGUUGUGCCACAUUUUGGAUAAAUGCAGAUGUAUAACUAGAUAUAUAAUGAUUUUUAAAAAAUAUAUUUUUAUAUACUGUAUUAUUAUUAUAAUUUUUUUUCAAAGUAUAUUCCUUGCUGAUUUUCAUCAUGUGUGUUAUAUGUAGAAAUGUUCAAGUGUGACAUAUCUGAAUGAGUUUAGGACUGAUAUAUAUGGA